AUGAGAACUGUAUACACAUUGGCUUUAAUCUGCUGCCUUGGCUUAAUGCACAGAGGUCAAGCUGUCGAAGAGGAGGUGUUUCCUGUGGGUCCACCAAUAAAUCAGAGGAGUAUCCGAGAGGUAAGCUCAUUUGCCUCGCCAGGACAGCCUGGUAGACCUGGACAAGGAAUACCUGGCCGACCUGGUUCGGGAAUACCUGGCCGACCUGGUUCGGGAAUACCUGGCCGACCUGGUCGACCAGGUCAACCAGGAAGUGCAGCCGGAUCAGGAUAUGGAGGAGCAGGAGGAAACGGAGGAGCAGGUGGAAAAGGAGGAGCAGGCAGGGGUGGAAUAAUUAGAGGGAAUUCGAGGAAAGGAAAGCGACCAGAUCCUAUGAGUUUACCUUACGACUUUAACUUAUAUAAAAUAUAACUUAAGAGAAAUUAUUUAUUUUUUUAAUAAAUUAACUUAUUUAUAUAUUCAAGUUCAAUAAAAAGCAUAGAAUAUCAAAAACAUAA